AUUAAGAACAAUAGCAAAACGCCAAAUCCCUAAUUUUAUGUGUUCACGUCACACGGCUGCAAUUCAUCGGACCUCUUGCCUCACAGCUCGUCUUCCCCACCACUUCACCGUCCGCCGUAACAACGCUCGUCUCUCCUCACCCCCACCGCCGGUGAGUGAGCUUUCUCUUGUAAAGCCAAAGAUGUCGUCACUCGCCACUCUCUUUCUCAAUUGAUUCCCGCAACUCAACAAGGUUUUUGAGAAAUUGCAAAUUGGCUCUGAUCUAGAAUGGCUUCUGGAAAGGAUACAGAGAAAGACCAACUCGCUGCUUCUCUAAAUGAUCUUUUCACCAAUGUUUCCGAUAUGAUUAAAGGCGAGCUCCAGGGAACAAAUAAUGUGCUAGAGCUUUUGGAGAAAAUGAAUGUAAGAGUGGGGGAAGAAUACAAAGGCUUUGGUGAUGUGGCCUCAGGAUUAAGAGUUUUUGUGGAACAAUUGAAGUCGAAAAGCAGCACAUUCGACGACUGCAUUCAGCAGCUUGAUACGAUAGAGGAACAAGUGAUGGAGUUCGAAGCUGUAAUCGCUAUGCUUGACAGAUAUGUUUCCUUACUGGAGUCAAAGAUGCAGCAUGUUUACCAAAUUCCUCCUGCUGCGCUAAAAUAAGCUAGGCUGGUUUCAUUGAACAAAUCAACUCUUCACUGUAAUACAUAAUGUAUCUAACAAUGAUUCUGACAUGGAAAAUAAAUUUAAAAAGAUC